CCCCCGUCCCCCCCUCACCCUUCUGCUUUCUGUCUUUCGCCUUCUUCUUGACGCUUUAGCCUGAAAGUCAACUAAAGUCACUCCACCCUUGAUCAAAUCCUCAGCCCAGACUCUCUUCUCUCCUCCUCCUUCUCCGUCUCCGUCUCCUUCUCCUUCUCCUCCUUCUUUCUCCUCUCCUUCUCCUUCUCCUCCUUCCCCCUCCUUCUCCUCCUUCUCCUUCUUUUUGAGAUCUUGCUACCUUCUACUAUCAAUCCAACGACUGAUACAUAAUCCGUCCAUAAUAAGCACAUCCUCGCUGUCAACAAACUUGUCAAUCAACAGACAAUGCAUCGUACAUAUUCCCUGCGGCAGUCUCGCGCUCCGACGGCGUCGCAGCUCCAGAACCCACCGCCUCCACCAUCGACAACCAAGUCGGGGCGCAUUUUUGGCCGGGGCGGCAUUGGCCAUGGAUUGAGGAAGCAUGCUGCUGGCUUCGGUAGCACCGAGCUGAGCAAGAAGCUCGCCCAGCUCGUGAAGAUGGAGAAGAACGUUAUGAGGAGCAUGGAGCUCGUCGGCAGAGAGCGCAUGGAAGUUGCUCAACAAUUGUCGAUCUGGGGUGAGGGGUGCGACGAUGACGUAUCCGAUGUGACCGACAAGCUUGGUGUGCUGCUCUACGAAAUGGGUGAGCUCGAGGACUCCUACGUUGACCAGUACGAUCAAUACCGCGUCACCAUCAAGAGCAUCCGCAACAUUGAGUCGUCGGUGCAGCCAAGCAGAGACCGCAAGCAGAAGAUCAUAGACCAAAUCGCGCAACUAAAAUACAAGGAGCCCAACUCCCCCCGAAUUGUUAUCCUCGAGCAGGAGCUUGUCCGCGCCGAAGCCGAGUCGCUCGUCGCCGAGGCCCAGCUCUCGAACAUCACCCGCGAGAAGAUCAAGGCAGCAUUCAACUACCAAUUCAAUGCCCUCCGCGAGCACAGCGAGAAGCUAGCCACCAUCGCUGGUUACGGAAAGCACUUAUUGGAGCUGAUUGACGACACCCCAGUCACCCCUGGCGAGACCAGAGCUGCAUACGAUGGUUACGAGGCCAGCAAGGCCAUCAUCCAAGACUGUGAGGAUGCCCUCACCAACUGGGUCGACUCCAAGGCUGCUGUCAACGCAAAGCUAUCCAGCCGCGCACGCACCCUGUCCCAGCGCCGCCGAAACAACAUCGCCCGUAACGCAGAGGGCCAGGACCUUUCUGGCCAAGACAGCUCAUACAAGGACCGCGAGCCUGGCAUGUGGGUCCCAGCUAGCGCGCACCAGGGCGUCGAUGAUUAUGAUGAUGAGGAGGACGAGGACAGGCACUCUGUGCAGGAGAGUGAGAUUCUCAACGGCGAGAGCAGAGGUCGUCUGCACGAGGCCUCGGUUGAAGCCUAAGGGCGCCGGGGUUGGAAUGGCCUUUCUUUGGUGUUUGACGAGUUGGGAGUUUUGCGGGAAACUUGAUCCCGGAAUCUCAUUGCUUUCUUUUCUUUUCUUAUACAACAUGUGUUUCGCAACGACCCGAUGUUAAUAAAAUAAUAUGUUGUUUAUACUUUGCUUUGAGUUUCCGAAAAUGUUAGCCUUGUAUUCAUAACUUGUGUUUCUAAACCGUAGGCCUGAUGCAACCCUGAAGAUUCAGUGCCCACUUAUAUCCGUAGGUUCUCGUUGCCAGCCAGGUGUCUUAUCGUCCGGGCUUUUGCAACGGCAUCCUGCACAGCGUUCGGCUUAUAUACCCUUCGCAUAUGCCCGUUCAUUUCCAUUCCCAAUUCGUCGUGUACGAAUCGAAUAUUCCGUGCUAUCCAUAACCACCUAGUAAAAGUACAUGUGAAUCCCACAAUAGCCAGAGCGGGGUGCUAUACGGCUUCUGACGCCGUUGUUGUAGUAGUUCCAGUCUGCGAUUUCAGCAUAUUGCCCGACCACGACCCCGUGGAUUUCAUCUGCGACGCGAAUUGUUCGAGCUCGACCUUCGUGAUAUGCUCGCCCGGCACAACGACCAGACCCAGAUAGCGGGAUGUCAUUUCCAACGUGACCGAGCCAGUACCGGAAGUUUGUGGAAGGGACGAUUCUGAGGGUAGGCGGUAUUCGUAGGUACGUGCGAGGAUCAUAUUGCGAUCCUAUCCCGUCACUGUUAGCUGCGGGGUGUUUGAAAUGUGCAGUAGGGAGGAGGGGGAAAUGGCUACCGAAUCUGUGCAUUUGAACUCGCCGAGGAACAUUCGCUUGUCAGUCGUUGUGACACGAAGGCUCUUGUUUAAAAGGCCAUUGAGAUAAUCCUUUGCCUCGGCGUUCGUAGUCGCCAUCUUGCUCUGCAGUUGAUGUCAAAAUUUUAGUCGUCCACCUUAGUGACAAGACGCUGAUAUCCAUGGCGAUACUGAUAACGAUAAGGGCGUUGGAUAACUCACGUGACUUCGCGUUAAGUACGUCACGAAUACCCAAUGACUCGUCGAGAAGGCGAAUGGAUG